AGAUCUGCCGAAAGGGCGGCGGGGAGCGCACGUACUUAAUUUGACCUGCGCAGGCUUCCGUAAAGACGCUCCGAAACAUGGCGGCUUCCAUGUGUUAACGUGAAAGUUGACUGGAAACAGAUCCAGUGCUCUGAGGAGACAUCAAUCACACGGAUAAUCGUAGCGUUUGUACGAUAAAACCUCUGAUUUUGAAGGAAACCGGUGUCCGCCUGCUGCUGUUGUCACAGGUAAUGUGUUUGUGGUGGCUAGCAAAACGGCUAACAGUUUUACGAUUGAAGAAGAAAUCACAUUUAAACAUUAUCUUAGCUUAUACGCUUUCCAUUUCAGCCAAAAUAACAACCUUAUUUACUCUGCUGAACAGGCAACUUUGUUGACAACACAACAUAUUGUUGUUAUAUUGAAAAAUACGAAGCUUAAAUUACUUAAAAUAAAGUUACAGGUCCAAAAUCAUGGGAUAAAAACACUGCUACAUGACUUUGUAUGUUUCCACUGCUUCACUUAUAAAACAGAUACAGUCUUGGUUGUCUUCAUUUGAUAAUUGAAUUGCCAAAAGUAUCUUUAAAAAUGUAGAACCUUCUAGGUUAUCAAUGAAACAGGGGUAACGGGUCAGUGUCUCUUUUGGUAAUUGGAUAUAACAUUUGGAAACAGAUAUUUUCAUACAGCCGACAGAUGCUGCAGUAUUCUAUUUUCUUUUUAGAAAUAAAAACUGAAAAUCAAACCGUUAUGUGACUUUUCCUUACUUGUUCCAGACAACAUAAAAAGAAAAUCAAGCUGUAUUUCAAUUUUGUUUAUUUCUAUUUUAACACAAAGAUCACAUAACCAGUUGUUGUCCUAUUUUUGAUAUCUGUUUCCAAACGUUAUAUCCAAUUACCAAAAGAGACACUGACCUUAAUAGCUGGUUGUCCAAAAGAAGCUGUUUGAAGAAAACAACGAGAUCUGGAAAUGUCUUUUAUGUAUUAUUUUUGGUCGCAGCUUCAACGAAGAUUGGCGUUUUGUGUUUUGAUUCAACCUUAAAUUUUACUGGAAACUCCUUAUUAUUGAAUUUCCAUUCGGGGAUCAAUAAAGUUUUUGUAUUGAUAUCUUCAGAAGAGCACAUUUUUACGACAGAUUGUCAAAUUUAAAGCAGCUACUGACUUUUAUCGUGUACAUUACCUUUAUCAAGGGUUUUGUAAUCUUCACAUGAUCAGAUAUGAUGAUGUGAAGAUUAUGAUUCUCUUGCAGUUUAUCAAUCACUGUAUCCUGUUCUUUCUUAAUCCCUGAAUCCUGACAGUGUUGUGAUUGUGGACAUGUUAUAAUAUUGUAUCGUAGCAGCAUUUGGUAUUUUAUUUGAUUAUGAUUUUCUUUUUAACGAUUUCUUAAGAAUAAUAGCAGCUAAAUAAUAUGAUGCAAAUGCUGACAAAUUUCAUUGUGCAAAUAAACUGAUUACAACAGAUUUCCUGACAGUUAUGAACAAGAAUUUUGCACUUAAACAGACUUUCACUCAGUUUUGAGUGAAUUGUAAUUCUAAGUGAUUUAUUGAUUCCUUUAUUGAUCUCCACAGUGCAGAUAAAUGUGAGUGAUACUUUUGGUAUCUUUGAUAGUAUUGGACCCUGAUGUUUGUCUUUUCCAAACAGUGAAUGUUUAUGGUGGUGAGGACAGCUAGCCGGCUCCCUCUCAUCACCUCCCAUCAGCUCCAUCCUUCCUGCAUUCAUCCAGCCACACGGACGGUUUGUGGCCAUUUAAGCAGAACUGUUGCUGCCAGAAGGGGACUGACAUCCAUGGAGUCCCUGAAAACUGCCCAGGUCUCUGAGAUCCAAACUACCAAACCUCCCCCCUCUCCCUCUUCCACUGAGUCUACAGCUGAGGAUAAAAGUGCUGUAGCCACCAGUACAGAAGCUGGAACAGAGAAGACACUUCCUGAUGGGCUGUUACCCGGAGAGACGGUGGUAAAGGAGGGCAAGGCGUCCAUCUUGUUUCCUAGUGCCAAUGAGGUGUUUUACAACCCGGUGCAGGAAUUUAACAGAGAUUUGACGUAAGAAUCAUCACUGGUCAUUUUAAAACAGUAGGAAUUAAAGGUGAAAUAGCUUUGAGCCUCAGAUUUAUGACCAUCCCUCGGCCACAUGGUGGCGCCUUAUUGACUAUAAAACAGUUAUGGCCUCUGUAAAAAUAGUCUUCUACAUUUCAGUGAUAAGUGCUGAAGAUCUGACCUCAUCUUACACUUUGAGGGGAAGUCUUAUUCAGUCAGUUUUAAGAAGGCAGAAUUUUGUUUUUGCAGCUGGAUUUUACUUCACUGGCACAUCCUCCCCUGAUUUAAAUUGCAGGAUCACAGUUUUGUUUCCCACCAUCUCUCCAGCUCUUUUUUUCAGAUUAAAACAAAGUUAAUCUACAUUUUUAACACAAUAAACUGCAUGUGUUCAUGUGAAAGUAAAUGAAUGGGGAGCUCUGUUGUUUAUCCUGUAAUGAAAUAUGAUACCCAGCACUUGCUCAGCUAUCAUCUCUCAUUCCCAGAUGUGCUGUGAUCACAGAGUUUGCCAGAGAGAUGCUGGCUCAGUGGGGGGUGAAGGUGGUGGUGCCUGGAGAGAAGGAGAGGGUGGUGGUCUCCUUGUCGGAGGAGACUAAAAAGGAACAGAAAAACGGGUCUGGGGAGCUCAAAGUAACUGCAACAGUGGGGGAGAAAUGCGAGGUGAGUGAAUGUAAUUUUACAGUGUGAUUUCUGGUUAAUUGUACUCAACUUUUUUUAAUUUACCUCUACUUGACCCCUUGAGAUCAACACCUCUGUCAUAAGGGUCACCUGGCCAAGAGGUCAGCAACACAUGUCAUGAUAAACUGAUUGAAAACUAGAAAAUGAACACAACCAGUCAAACUGAGACAGGGGUGGAGCAGCACACAACUUAAUAACUUUAUUAAUAAACAAAAUUGAUAAUAUCAGCUACCUUCAGCAGUUUAAAAGUUACUAAACUGACCAAAAGCAGUCAAAAUACCGGUGUGUGGUGUCAGCUCUAUACAACACGGUGCUGGAGUUGUAUCCUCCAGGUGUGGAUACUGAGAUUAGAAAUGCUGCUGAGAGACUCGGCAAGGAUCUGAAGGAUCUAAAACUGUGAGUGUGAUUCUGUGGCUGUCAGAGUCGGUGCUUUUGUCCCACUGUGGUUUCCUGUUCUAAAAAUACACUCUGAUACCAGUGUAAUUCAGUUUGUACGAGGCCUCCAUCAAAUGACUUAUGUUAAUGUUGCAGCAUUUUAAUUUCACACUUGGCUGGCCUGAGGUUUAAGAGAGUAGAUCAGUUUUGAAACUCUGGAGGAUUUCAUUGGGUUUGAAUAAUCCUUUUAGAUGAUGGUAGAAGACUAGGUAAGACAGGUGAAAUAUGUUAAACCAGUGCUGUUGAUUGAUAAAAGAUCAGAUUAGUUAUUUUCAGACAAUUGAAAAUAAUGGCCAGUGUCAGUGGUGAGGUUUGAAAAAGCCUUUCUUCUGAGAAUAUCUGCACAGGUAUGGAGAUUUUUUGCCUUUACUGUCCACCAAAAUCAUCUCUCACUUUUCCCCCUAGCGUUGUUUUUAUUGAGCUUAAACGGUUGGUAGAGGAUCCAUCAGCUUCACCGCUAAAUCAUCUUGUGGUCUCAACUACCCAGAGAAAGCUGGGUGGAUCUUUCAUGCCUAACAAGCGUGGGAUGAGCUUUAAGGCAGGCUUACUUUCGUGGUAUCUCACCCCUUCUUGACCUACGAAAAUAUGUUCUGGAACAGGAUCUUCUUUUUCAAUCAGUUUGUUUUUACCCGGAUAUUUGCGUCUUGUGUCAGUUUCAUAAAUCAGGAUAAAUAGUGGCUGUUGGCAAAUUUAAAACCAGUCUGGCAUCAAAGCCAGCUGACAGCUUUUACAUGUUUUUGCACCAGAUAGACAGGGUGCAAAUAGCAGAAAGUCGUGUAUUAAUGUUAAAAGAAAAAAGAAAACAAAAGAGAGAGCUCUUUCGUUGAUUAAGUAGCUCAUAUCAGCAAGGACUCUUUUAAACCAGCCUGCCAUCUGCUUUUACCUUUAGUGUACCUUUAGUAUUUUUACCCAGAGAGUUGGUUGUAUCCAAAACAGAGGUGUGAAAUUUAACCUGAAUACAUCAAGGUCACAGUUUUUGCGGGUCUACUGGUCAUGGAAGUCAGCAACUUUCCUUUGAUUUUCUGUUCUAGCCUGGUCUUCGUGUGCUGGAGGGUCUGGCUGCAUCCGGUUUGCGCUCGGUGCGUUUUGCUCUCGAAGUUCCAGGCCUGCGAAGCAUCACCGCCAAUGACUUCUCCAAAAAGGCUGCGGCGCUGAUCGCCAGAAACGCAGAGUACAACAAAGUUAGCCACCUAGUGCAGGCUAGCUGCAACGAUGCCAGGUACUUACGCUCGUCCUGUUUAGGGGUGUUUUGCUGCUGCUCUGCCUUGUUCACUUUUAUUUAUCUGCCUCACUGGUCUGCUGUCUGUUUGCUCCUCUUAUUCCACUUGAUUCGCUCAUCCUCAUUCCUCUCAUGUCUUCACCUUUCACCUCUUGUUCUUUUCAUCCUCUGGCUUCUGUUCUCAUCUCCGCUCCUGUCUCUUUGCUUUUCUCCUUCCAUGAACUCUUAUGGCCCCUUUUCUAUUUGUCCAUCAUGUCUUCAUGUUUCCUUUUUCUGUCCUCUUCAGUCUUUUCUUUUCUUCCCUCUCUUCUUAUCUCAGUUGGCCUGGAUUUAUCCGGUUUCUGCUCCCCUCUUUUCCCCAUCCUCCUGUGCUCCAUUUUCAGAUUAUUGUCUUUCUUGGCACUGCUGUUGUUUCUUUCUGCGCUCAUACGCAUGAAUUUGUCGAACAUUCUCUCUCUCUUUUGUGUUUUUCUGCAGUAUGCUGAUGUACGAGAUGCGAAGGAAGAAGGAGCGUUAUGAUGUGAUUGAUCUGGAUCCCUAUGGAAGUCCCUCAGCUUUCUUGGAUUCAGCUGUACAGGCCGUCAGCGAAGGAGGUGGGUCGUUCGGUCAGCUCAUCAUUAAACCAUUCGAUCUCUACUUUUAAUUCUAUCAGUGUUGCUUUUGGGUUUGCUACAGUUAAAGAAUUCUUUACCCAUUUGCUGUGUUUUCGUUGGGCUUUAAAGAGUGAUUUCAAAUCACACGUUAUUUCCGAAACAGUAAGUUAGGGACAUGCAGGUUUUUAAAACAGAUUUGAACCAUGAUGGGAGUUUAUAGCCUCCUGGUGUGAAGCUGUGGGAUCUUUUAGGAAUAUUUUAGGUCACUGCUGGGAUGUUGCAUCAGCUAGUGUCCUGUCAUGUGGUGUCCCUCAGGGUUCUGUCCUGGGUCCUCUUUUGUUUUUCUUAGUAUCUGCUUUACAGUUGGACAAGGAGCAGUUCAAAUCUACAGUACUUAGUUUGCUUCUUAGUUCAGUCUGAGGAAGAGUUUGUUUUGUAAGACACUGUCAUGAUUAUGUUUUUACUUUAAGGACUGUCCUGGUUUAAAAAUCCCGACAAUGUUGAAUAACAGAAUAAAACGAACAUCUUUUUACAAUAUGGUGAAGCCCAGUAUGGGAAGGCUGUGAUUUAUGUCUUCUGCCUUUUUUUUUUCACCAUCUGCGACUCUCUCUCUCUCUCUCUCUCUAUCUCUCUCUAUUCUUCCCUCCCUCUCAGGUCUGUUGUGUAUAACAUGCACAGACAUGGCCGUGAUGGCAGGAAACAGCGGAGAGACCUGCUACAGCAAAUAUGGUUCAGUCUCCAUCAAAGCCAAAUACUGCCAUGAGAUGGUGAGCACACACACACACACACACACACACACACACACACACACACACACACACACACACACACACACACACACACACACACACUCUCUCACUGAAUAAACAUGACACACAUGCACAGUCAUGUCACUAGCGUUCAUGGGGUGAGUCUUGGUGAGUAAAUGUGUGUAUGAUUCGUGUGUGGGCGUGACAUAAAUAAAACAGUAAAUGUCAGGGGCUCUGGCCUGAGGCGAACACUUGUUUUUUUUUUUUUAUGUGUGUUUGUGUGCCUCUAUUUUUACCCUUACUUUGGAUUUUUUUUCUUUUUUAAUCUAAAUAAAGAGACGUAUAAAGAAAAAAACGGAGGACAUCUUGCUGCUUUUGGCUUCUCAGGUGUUUUUAUUCUUCUUCAACACCACUUGGAAUGACUGAAGCUAUGGUUUAUCACUGCAAUACAAGAAUUCUUUAGGCAACUAACACUCCUGUUCAAAACUUUGAGUUAAAACACAACUACACUAACAGCUUCUUACUAUAGGUACAACAAUUUAACUCUUUCUUUGUUUGUGAAAAAUGAAGCCAGGGCGGGUGUGCUACAAACUGCAGUUCCUAGAAUGUCCACUUGGGACUUUCUACAAAAGCUCAGAAAGUUCUUUACCUCCUGUCUUAAAAUGCAACCCAAAAUGGAUGAAAUCAAUCUUUAUUCAUAAAGGUUGAUUUAGUAAGUUUUAGGAAACUCCUUCGCACUUUUCAAAGCCGAUUCUUUUAGAAUAUGUUGCUUAAAGAUCUACUUGGUCAGUAUCCAGGAAGUCAGGACUGAUCAAACAUCAGCAGGUUGUUUAUCUCCGAAUUGAUCCACCUGAGAUGGACACAUCACUCUUACCACCUGAGAAACACAGGAUACAUAAAUCGCAGGACCAGUUGUUUUUGUCUGUGUCGGUAAGCUCUGACCUAAUCAAGGACAACUCCACACAGAAACAGUGUCGUCGGAUCGUUUGAUGACAAACCUUUGACUUUGACCUUUGUAUAAACCCUGGCCCUACUCACCUCUCUCUCCGGCUACGAAUGUUGUGCCCAUCUGAGGCAGAAGUUAGUAGAACAAGAUUAUCAUUCUUUAUAAAAUCCAGGUUGUGGAGAAGCAAAUAGAUUGUUGUUCUUUUUGGAUCUGUACAGCCGAACCCUGUGUGUUCUCGGGAGAUGUGCUCCUCUGUCCUCUGCUCUGCUCUGGCUGGUGCUGGUGUGACUGCUGCCUCAGCCACUGAUUCUACAGAGGACCAGUGGAUCCAAAUAGGCGCUAAAUUGAAAAUCCCUGUUAGCUCCACUCCACUCCACCCCAUGCCGAACCCUGGAGGGUGGUUGGUUCUGGCAGGAGUCGCUGGAGAGAGGUUGGGAAUUUCUGCUGUCCUUUCUUUGCUAAUAUCCCGCUGGGAAAUGGAAUUAGCAUCCUCAAUCCCCACAAGUUUCCUCCUCUGCCUGCAGAACCCAGACCUCUGUCCCCUCCAGCGUGUGUGUGCUCAUCUUCUACAUUGCCGCCAGAUCAUAACUCAGCCAAACCGGGAAAACCUCACCAUUCCACUCUAAUCCCAUCUUCAACCAAAAGAGUGAAGCACAUUGCAGCAUUUAUCAAGUUACAGUGGAGAGAAAAAACCUCCUUUAUCAGACAGAAACCUGGAGCAGAACCAGACUGAUGUUAGACAGUCACCUGCUGAGACUGAGCUGGGUUUAGAGAGAGGGCAGAGAGAGAUAGAGAAAGAGAGAGAGAUGGACAGAAGAGAGACUAAUGCAGCAGGAAAACAGGCAGGACUUUGGCAGGAAAACGUCUGCUGCAGCGAUCCAGAGGAACCUACGGCAUGAUGGAGCUCAGGGACUCCAAGGAAAGACUGUAUUAGUGGUUUGUGGAAAUGUACUGCUAUUGUAUUGGAUACAAUGUGGGCAGACACUCAUGGGCCAGAUUUGAAGUGCCUCAAACAAGGACAUAAUUUAAGACAUGAUUACUCGAUAUGAUAACCUGAUCAGGCUGGUUUGACCCAAACCCAAAGAACAGACAUUAAUGUCAAAAAUUGACACUAAACGGAGUACAAUGAAGUCUUCCCUCACGUUAACAUGUCGGCUCGAGCCAAAUUCAGCCCGGCAAGUGCAGAAAAAUAAGUAAUUCUCCUAUACUAGUCCUAAAGAAAGUGUGUAUACGUCUUUGUGUUUUCGCUGCAGGCUCUCCGUAUCAUCCUGCACAGCCUGGAUCAGAGAGCAGCCGUUUACCAGCGAUACAUCCAACCCCUGCUGUCAGUCAGCGUGGACUUCUACAUCCGAAUCUUUGUGCGAGUCUUCACAGGACAGGCCAAAGUGAAAAAUUCAGCCAGGUGCCUCCCCCAUGCACACAAACACAGACACACACACACACAUACAUAUUGACUGUAUUGUUUUUUUUGAACAAAGGCUGUUAUAUGAUGAAAGUUGAAUGAAGUGAAACUGGGUCACUGCAGCAACAAAUGCUAAAAAUAAUGACAGCAGCAGACAGUCGGGAGAUAAAGAAAAGCAGGAGCAUAUUUAAAUAUAUAAAUGUAUGAAAAGUUAAUUGAUUGUUUGGGUGUAUUGUGAGGAAAGUAGGAAUAGAAAGCUGAACAAAAAGCUUUUGCAGCCUCAUGCAAAUAAACCAGCACACAUAUUUCCAUAUGCAGUCUGACAAAAAUGCUCCGUAAUUAAGCUAAAAACACAACUCUCAUUGCAAAUCUGGAGCUGAUUUUAUACAUUUUUCACACUCCACGUCUUGUGUUGCAGCAAACAGGCUCUGGUGUACAACUGUGUCGGCUGUGGGUCUUUUCACCUACAGAGGAUGGGCCGGAGGACAGUCAACGGAAAUCAGUAAGAGUCUGUGCUUCGUAUAUCUCAUCCUGGUAUUAAUGUGUAGAGGAAAGACAGUGUCAAAUGAGCUUUAUACACCUUUAAACUGCAAUAAGUAUCACAGGCUUGUUUCACUGUAAAGUCACCCUUGCUCUCAUUCAGGACCUAUGAUAACAAGAGACCGAUUUUUUUUUUAAUCACUUUUUAAAUAGAAGUUUUGCGAUCUUGGCAGCAUUUCCACCUCUAUCAGGUCCACGUCACAAACAUCAAUCCCAAAUUUGACCACGUAAUUAAAACACAAACGUUUAUUGGACAGGACAGCUGAAGAGAGACAGAAAAUAUGGGGAGUUGAAAGUCAGGGAAGACAUGCAGCAAAGGGUCCGCUGUGACAAAAACUGCAGCCUCUACACAUGAGACAGCUCGCCCACUGGUGCCCAUUGUUAGCAAUCUUUUUCCAAAAAAGUUUGUUUAUUAAUAUUUUAGUGUUUUUUUUACACAUGUCCAGACUUUUUUUUAUAGAGAGCUGCUGGAAAUAACUUAAAAAAUACAUUUAACGUUCUUGAAAUGUGUUCGAUUUGUUGCUUUUUGUAUGAUCUUUAGUUAAAUAUGUGAUUUAAAGAAUUUGCAAACCACCUGAAUUUACUUAAAUGUCAGUUUUACACAGUUUUCCAGCUUUCCAGCCCUUUUAGAGCUGGUGUUGAAGUUUAGCUGUAAAAAAACAGAAUAUUGACACCUGUCGAGUCUUCCGCCUGUCAGUGAAGUUCGAGCAGAUUCAUCGGACUUCUUGGUUUUGUCUUUGGUCAGCGGGGGUUUGUGUACUAAAGAUGGACUCUCUGGUUUCAGUACAAAGUAUUCUCCCAGUGUUGGACCUCCAGUUGGACCAGAGUGUGAGCACUGUGGACAGAGACACCAGGUGGGACUCAUUCAGUACACACACACGCACACACGUACAUACACACACACACACACACACACACACACACACACACACACACACACACACACACACACACAGAGCAUAAUUGCAGCUCAAAUUAGGAUUAUUUCACUCCAGGUGUUUCUUUAUCACCUCAUCUACACAAACACAUUAAACACGCCCGCUGAAGCCUGCGUCUGCUCCUCCUGUAGCUCGGCGGUCCCAUGUGGGCGGAGCCUAUCCAUGACUUGGAGUUCGUCCAGAGGGUUUUGUCCGCUGUGUCAGCGAACCCGUCCAGAUUUGGGACGUCUAAACGAAUCCAGGGCGUACUCAGUAUGGUAACUGAGGUAUCCAUGUCUUUUUUUUUUUUAAUACUCCCUCUGAGCACAGAGCUGGUUCUCAUCCUUUGAUAUUGUCUUGUGGGUGCGGUUAGCUGCAUCAGAUAACCUCACACAUGAGAAAAACACACCGAGGUUUAUUUCCUCUUAGACUGACGGAUUAUGAGGCUUUGAUGCUUUGUUUGUUUCAGGAGCUGGAGGAUGUACCUCUUUAUUACACCGUGGACAGUAUGAGCAGCACGAUACACACCAAUACCCCACCUCUGCUGCAGUUCAGGUAAACACACACACACACACACACACACACACAAACAAAAACUACAGUUUUUAAGAAACCAGAGUUGUUUUAGGUGGUUAUAGCAGCUCAUGCCAUCUUAUAGUUUUAAUGAUACAAUAACGCCUUUAAAACACUGACACUCAGGUGUCAGCGGGCAGGUCUAACAGGAAGUAGAGAAAUCUAACAGAAACUUAAGAAAGUAGACGUGCAGAGAUUAACAAAUAUGGAUGCAAAUGACAAGAAUCCAAGUCAAAAAUCAGGCGGAUCAACCACAAAAGCAAAAUUACAAUAACAACUAUAAGAAGAAGACAAUUAAAGGGAUGAGAGAAAAAAAAACACUGAACGAAGGAUCUGAAGAUCAGUAAAGGGCAAAAACAAAAGCAUCAAGCAUCAAACAAAAGCACCAUAUUCAAUAUCUCAAAGUAGCAAAAGAAAAAGGGAAGAAGAAGGUUAAAAAUGCACUGAAAAGGUGACAUGACAUUAAAGGGAUAUUCCAGCGUAAAUUUAAGUUAUGGUCAAACACAUCAUAACACUGAGUUAGACACUCCCUCCAUAGAUGAAUGUUGCCGACUGCUUACUUCUCUAGUUAUACCAACUUUAGUGACAACGGCACAAUAGCAAUACAGUGGUCUACGUCUCCACGUGCAAACCUCAACCAAAACACAACUCUUUACCCACAAAUAAUGCUCAGAACAGCACCUAACUUCAUCAACAGUACAUAAAGGGUCCCAGCCAUAGUACUAGCCACCAAACAUCUUUUUAGCUUUGCCUGGUUUCUUUAGCAAAGAGACUAAACACAACUCAUCCACUCUCUUCCAGCAGCCGCUUGUUUGUAUGGAGAGCUCGGACAAGUCCAUCACCGACUGCAGUGGGGUGACACAGCUCAAGGAAGAACAUUUAUGACUAAGCUAAAAAGAUAUUUGGUGGCUAGUACUAUGGCUGGAACCCUGUAUGUACUGUUGAUGAAGUUAGGUGAAUACUCGGUGUUACGGUGUGUUUGACCAUAACUUAAAUUUACGCCGGAAUAUCCCUUUAAAACUGGGUAUGUAAAGUGAUUCAAAAGAUGUUACUGAUUCUGCACAACUUACCCUCUGAGGCAGGUUGUCCCAAAGUCGAGGGAUCCUGAUCAAAACUAAGUGUAUUUAGCAUCACGAGAAUAACACCCUAGGUUAGAUUAAGAUUAUGAGACUUUGUAUCAUCAGUUAAAUUGGGACAAAACAAGGACAACCAAGUAUGAAAUAUGGUCGGAAAGUGCAUGCAGAGUGGGGAAAUUGGACCUGUGUCUAUUUUUCACAAACUUAUGUUGAAAAAAGUUAAGCAGACUUUAAGACUUUGUCCUCUUUCUUCCUGCAGGUCUGCUCUCCUCCAUGCUGGUCACAGGGUUUCACUGUCUCACGCCUGUAAGAGUGCCAUCAAGACUGACGCUCCACCUGCAGUCCUCUGGGACAUCAUGAGAUGCUGGGUACACAAAACGGAUCAACAAGAUCCACACAUUAAGCAGAGGCUCAGGCUUUUGAUGUUAAUGCUGAACUUGAGUGUAAUAAUGUGUAAUAAUGUGUAAUAAGGAUUCACUGCUUUAAACUUUAGGAGAAGGCAAACCCAGUUAAGAGGGAGAAACUGUCAGAGACAAGCCCCGCCUUCAAAAUCCUUUCCACCGAGCCCAGGUGAGACUGUUUACCAGGAGGGGACUUGGCCUCAGGUAUGAAACAUGAUCUCACACAUUAACCUUAAACUGGUCUGCGUGUGUGUGUGUGUGUGUGUUUCUGUGUGUGUGUAGCCUAGAGGCUUGUUUCACCGUGAGGGAGGACGCCAACCCUCAGUCCCGUAAACGCCACCUGACCCGGUUCCAGGAGAAUCCUCAGGCCUUCUGGGGACCCAAAGCUCGUGCCAAAGCUUGGUAACUAGCACACCUGUAUUCUCCUGAGAGACACGCACGCACACACACAGGUUGCAGCAACAUGAACUAGUUGUCACUGGUUUUAAAGGAAACAUGAUUUAUUCCAAAAAGGGCAGAGUUUUAUGCAAAAGAAGGUAAAUCAACCCAAAGAUGGCCAGUGAGAGUUGUUCAAAUCAGGAAAUGAGGAAAACAAAAACUGGACUCCGGUAGACUAGGGUCUUUUAAGGUCUUGCAAAGGUAGAAAUACAAAAGGCUUGCAUCCUGUUAGAUGCGCAGAAUGAUUUUUGAUCCCUGCCCUCUCUGGGUCCAAAUCUUGUAGAUGUGCAUACCUUCUCUGACUUUGUCCAUCAUAGUGAAAUCUGACUUGACUUUACCUAAACCUGGUGGUCUGGCAGCUAAAUCUGUUCGGGUAAAAUUUAAAACAAAGUUAGACAGAAAUCUGCCCAUGAAACAGGCAAAAAAUGCCCAGCGAACAGAAACCCACAACGAGAGAAGGGGGCUACGGUCUUGACUCACCCCAACAGACUUACACAAAGACUUGUUUUUAGGUUAGUUUAUGGAAAAACACAGUUUUGGAUGCAUUAGACUUAAGAGUGCUUAAAAACUCUGAUUUUGAACAACACUUCUUUAUAUUUUUACCGUAAAGCUCCUAAGAAACGAUAAACAAAAGCCAAUUGAUCGACAAAGUGAGUCUGAAAAUGGGUUGUAAGUUCAGAGUUGACGGUAAAAAGCUGAUUUCAUCUUCACAAACUGGCAACACAAAACAUCACAUCUGUUAUAGGGCUGCAGAAAUUGCGGCUUCAUUAUGACUUUUAUGCAUGACUACUUGAUACAGCACAGUAUCACAAUAUUUUGUCUGGGGAUAUAUCGUAUCAUCUCAUUUACCAAGUAUCGAUUUUUCACAUUAUUUGUUAAUAUGAAGUCAAAUCUGUGAUAACGGAAAAAUAAAAUCAACUGUUUGUCCAGUGAGGUUCACAUCAUAGAGCUGGAGAAAGUUAGUGCAACAAAUAUAGAUAAGGUUUGUAAAAUAAAAUACAGCGUAAAUAAGACAAACAUGAAAGAAAGACAUAUGCUAAAUUAGCUAAACAGUUGAAAAAACUGUAUUAAUCGUAAUAUAUGCUAUCACAAUAAUCACUGUAUUGCAAAAUGUUAAAAAUCACAAUAUUAUUGUAUCAUGAGGCCACUGGAGGUUCUCGCCCCUAAUGAUUACUCAUAACAGACACAUAUUAUGGCUCGACAAUAGGGCCUUUGAGAGCUUGUUUAAAAUUAUAACUCUUGACUUUAAACAACAACUGAAAUUUUGGAGAUUAAAGCUGAGUUAAGAUAGAAACUAAAAGGGAGAGGCUCCUACAGAUAGAAGGAGAAGGACCUGUGUUUUUUUUUUACUCAUCUCCUCUCUCCCUCCCCCUUCCUCCUCCUCCUCCUCCUCAUCUAUCUUCUCUUAUCCAUCUCUAACCUUUCUCUCCCCUCUCUCUCUCCUGCAGCGGUGGCAUCUCUUCUGACCUGCAGGACAAGAGGAAGAAGUGCCAGAACAAGAGAAAGAACCAGAUCACAGACUCGUCCCAGCUAAAAGAUUUCCCCUGCAAAAGGUUCAAGCAGGUCAGUUCACCUGCAGAGCUCAGACAUCCACUCAGGUUUAUUUCAGACUCAGUCAAAACAGGGGGAAGUGUACUCAGCCUCUUACAAACAGGACAUGUGAGAUGUAUUUAUAGCUCUAAACCUUCUCUGUCUGACUCCCUGUACAUUUACCUGUCAGUCAGACUGGACUUGACUUCUCUCUGAUGUCUUUCUCCUUCGCUUUACUCCUGAUGAAGGGCCAUUAAGUUUGGUUUUUAAUAAAAGCUACUGUUUUUUUUUUUUUACAACAAUUUUCCAAGAAGAAACCCUCUGGUCUUGUCACUUCUGAGAAACCUGACUCAUUUGUUUUUCUGAGAAGAGCGGCAGAGACAGAUGAACACUGUGUCUGUCGUUUACACCUGCACUGAUUUCAAUCACUUUAAUGAAGAUUAAACCAUCCUGACUCCACCGUAUUCAGACACACACUCUAAUGAAGACAAUUUUCAUUAAUUAGUCCUGAAUUAUUUUCAUUAAAAACCAUGAGUCCUGGUCUGUUGGUAGACGGCUUAGAUGCAGGGUGAAAGGAGAGAGUAAAAAAGCAGAUUGUUUUUUAAAGUGUAAACUCUUUUUUUUAAUAUAUUUUAACUGUUUUUAUCAAAACAGUCAUAAUCACUUUUUAAAGUUUUACAGUAUGAAGUGUGAGCAUUACUUUAUGCACCAAAUUGCACCAUUCCUACAUUUCAUCCUGCAAAAAGACACAAAGCUUUAGAGGAGUUUAAACAACCAUUAUUUAGAAAGGCAGUAUUUUCUAAAGGGUCAUUCCACUUAUUCCACUUUUUUUUUCAACCACAAAUCUUAUUCCUUAAAAAUUGGCUUUGCACAAACAAAAAACAACUGUGCACAACUUUAAACUUGAAUGAGGUUGCCAUCUGUGCAGCUGUUAACAGAGUAAGACCCCGUUUAUAUGUACCCGGUUAUUUUUAAAAACUGAGACAUUAAAGGGAUAUUCCGGCGUAAAAUUAAUUUAGGGUUAAACACACCGUAACAUCGAGUAAGAAUGUUGAAUGAAUGAAUGAUGAAUGAAUGAUGAAUGUUGCUGACCACUUGCUUCUCUAGUUUUACCAAUUUAAGUAACGGCCACACGAUAGCAAUACACAGAGGUCUAUGUCUCCAUACACAAACCUUAACCAAAAAGCCACUCUAUAGCCACAAAUAAUGCUCAGAACAGCACCUAACUUCAUCAACAGUACAUAUAGGGUCCCAGCCAUAGUACUAGCCACCAAACAUCUUUUUAGCUUUGCCCGAUUUCUUUAGCAAAGAGACUAAACACAACUCACCUACUCUCUUCCAGCAGCCACUUGUUUGUAGCGAGAUCAUUACUUUUUCAUUUCCUUGAAGUAAUAAUCACCAUAUUAAUCAUUUUGCACUGCAGACACGGUAGUUCUUCUGCCUUUGCAUCUCAGCCUGAUUGCAUUUCCAUGAGGAAAUGAUCACUAAUGUUCUUCCUUGAGCUGCGUCCCCCUGCUGAAGUCCAUAAUGGACUGGUCGAGGUCUUGCUACAAACAGUCAGCUGCUGGCGGAAAGUAGGUGAGUUGUGUUUAGUGUCUUUGACAAAGAAAUUAGGCAAAGCUAAAAAGAGGGUGGCUCUUGAGACCACUGUGUAUUGCUAUCGUGCAGUCGUGACUAAUGGUGGUAUAACUAGAGAAGCAAGCAGUCUGCAACAUUCAUCUCUCGACGAGGUGUCCAACUCAGUGUUACAAUGCAUUUGACCCUAAAUCAAUUUUAUGCAGGAAUAUCCCUUUAACCAUCAUUUGCACCCUUUGUUUAGACACAAACAGAGAAUUCGCCCCUGAAAACGAUUCUUUUUUAAAAAACUCCAGCCAGAGUGGAGAUUUUGGAAAACUCUGUUUGCCCAUGUAAACGGAGAAAAACAGAGAUUUUGGUUGCCGACGGCAGAUUGUGCACAGGAAAGAAGGAAGGGACGUUGUUGUUGUUGCUGCUAUGUGGGAUUCUGAUUGGCUAACGUGGGCUUGAGCUUCUCGCUACACUGCUACCCACAUGUUUGAUAUGCUCUUGACGGCAUAUAUACACGGGUUAGUGUAAAUGAAAACUUGGUAGUGUGCACGCAGUUUUUUUUUUUGUAAAUGGAGAGGGUUAAAUGUCUGUUUAUGAAAUUAGCCGGGCAUGUGUAAACGUAGUCUCAGAGCAUUAAUAUUUAACCUGCAAGUUCCUAUCAGUCUGAAUUAACUGCAAAGAAACGUAAAAUCCUGAAUAGGAAUGCACCGUUUUUUCUGUAGCCGUGCAGCUUUUAUGCACCAUCUGCUUUCUCCAUCCUGCCAGCCACACAUAAGGUAGUUUGGAUGAUACAUGCAGAACUCCUGCCAGUGGCUACCCCUCCUCUGCUGGUUACUUGUUGUCUUGUGUUACAGUCUUAUCGAUCCAUCAAACGCUUCAACAAGUUUUUCACAGGAUUAUAGAAAAUUUAGGGUCACAAAAUAUCUCAGCUCUGGUUUUCUUGUAUUUGUGAGAGGAUUUAUAUGAUCAUGAUACAACAGAGGAUGCAAAAGCAACCCUCAGCGUCCUUAUUUGUAUGAUUUCUUUCUUUUUCAGGGAACGUGCACCCACGGAGACAAAUGCUGCUACUCUCAUGAGCUGGAGAAGAUAAAGGAUGUGGAAAUGAAAUAAUUCCGUCCUCUCAGAAGUUAGUUUUCUUUGUUUUAAAUGGUUUUAUUUCUGCAGUUUGAGCAACUUUAUGCAGCCCAGGUUAAGCGAGCACGAUGUUCAAUAAGCAAAGGUGAAAAAAUCUCAGAGUUGUUAUUCCCCUGAAUGCUUUGACUCACUUAAUGGCCGUUUUUCUAAUUCCUCGUCAUUGUUUUUUUUAUUUUAUUCCUUGUCUGGCUGUUGUUGCAGUUCAAUAAAGUCACUCUGCUGACUUCAAAUGAGGUCUUAAAGAUGGAAAA